AUGUUCGCCGCCAAGGGGUUCGUGGUCCAGGAGCUCGUCGCGCUCUCCGCCUCGCGCGCAGCCCCCGCCCUGCGCCCGUGCGACUCAGCGGCGUACGCGUCGUGCUCGGCGCACGGCAUCUCCACCAUUUGUGACCCCUCGCGUUCGAAGACGCCGAGGAACGCCUCGGCGCUGGCGCAGCGGGCCGGACAGAUGACGGCGGCGAUGGCGGCCACGAAGGACACGGUCGCGCCGAGCGUGCGGCCCGGCUGCUGUUUCAACGCGACGAACUUCCUAGAGAGGCUGCGCGGCAAGCGGCUACUGCUCGUGAGUCCAUGCUCUGCGUCCUGUGCGAGGCCCUGCCAGACAAGGCCAGGAUGUUCGAGACGCACGGGUACGGGAUCAGUAAGGACCGAGCCUACUUCUAAGUUCGUCUUCAAGAUGCACGGUGUAGGCCUAAUCAUCUAUCCCAACGCACAUGCACCCACUAAGGGCCGAGCCUACCUCCAUGCCCUUGAGGUGCGUAGCGAGGUGCUCCGGGAAGUCGUAGCAGUCGACGCGGAAGGCGAGGGCGCCGGAUGCGUAGCAGACGGUAGACCACCUUUAGUUGGUUCCUCGAGUCUCGAGUCUUCAUCUGGUGCUUCGGUUUGCAGCUUCAUUUUUAAGAUGUCACAAGCCAGGGAAGUGAGGUACACUGCACGGUCUAUUACACCUCCUGCUGAUAGAAAUGGCACUUCAAGCUCACCUCCUCCAAAGAGACGCAGCCCCUCAAGGUCACCUCCACCAAAGAGUGCUUCACGGUCCUCACGUCCAAGGAGUCCAAAGAGACGCAGCACUUCAAGGUCUCCUCCUAGGAGACGUGGUAGAUCAAGGUCAAGGGAUAGAAGUCGGUCCAGGAGCCCAGAUGAUAGAAAUCCAGGGAAUAACCUUUAUGUGACUGGAUUGUCUACUCGUGUAACUGAAGAAGAUCUUCAGAAGUUCUUUAGUAAAGAAGGAAAGGUUAAAAACUGUCAUGUUGUUCUUGAUCCUAGGACAAAAGAAUCCCGUGGCUUUGCCUUUGUGACUAUGGAUACUCUUGAAGAUGCAAGACGCUGCAUCAAGUAUCUGCACCGCACUGUACUUGAAGGUCGCCUGGUCACUGUAGAGAAGGCUAAAAGAACUCGUGAAAGGACCCCUACUCCUGGAAAAUACUGCGGUCAAAGAGGAGGAUCUCAAAGGAGUCCAUCACCUUACCACGCUCGCAGAAGGGAGCGAUCCCGCUCAAGGGAACGCAGAAGGGAGCGGUCACAUUCAAGGGAUCGAAGGGAACGGUCUCGCUCAAGGGACCGCCGGAGGGAGCGGUCUCGCUCAAGGGACCGCCGGAGGGAGCGAUCCCGUUCAAGGGACCGCAGAAGGGAGCGGUCACGCUCAAGAGACCGCAGGGGCAGUUCACCCCAUGACAGAAGGCGCGGAGAGCGGUCCAGAUCACCCCCAGCAAUGGGAACCACAAGGCAGACUAGGAAGCGCUUCCCUAGUGUGGAACCUUUUCGUUUCGGGACUAGUCGUGAUUGUGUGAACAAUGGAACUUGUAAUGCUACCUUCAAAAUGGUCUGA